AUCGACUUCCGCCGCGAGCCACUCCUCGCGAGACUUCGGCGACGCAGCAAUGGCGAGACAUGCCGCGUCACUGCUCCGCCGCCGGCUGCUGCACACGGGACACGCGCGAGACACGCAACCGCGGCAUCUCCUUCCACAGACUUCCCAAGAAAGACAACCCAAGGCGAGGCUUGUGGCUGGCCAAUUGCCAGAGGCUGGACCCCAGCGGCCAGGGCCUGUGGGACCCAGCAUCUGAGUACAUCUACUUCUGCUCCAAACACUUCGAAGACAACUGCUUUGAACUAGUGGGCAUCAGCGGGUAUCACAGACUGAAGGAAGGGGCAGUUCCCACGAUAUUUGAGUCUUUCUCCAAGUUGCACCGGACAGCCAAGACUAAGGGGCACAGUUACCCAGCUGGCCCCCCCAAUAUCAGUCGGCUCCAGCGAGGCAGGAAGCGCUGCUCUGAGGGCCGAGGGCCCAUGACUCCAUUUUCUCCACCUCCCCCUGCUGAUGUCACCUGCUUUCCUGUGGAAGAGGCCUCGGCACCUGCAGCUUUGCCUGCCUCCCCUGCUGGGAGACUGGAACCUGGCCUCGGCAGCCCCUUCUCAGACCUCCUCGGGCCCCUGGGUGCCCAGGCCGAUGAAGCAGGCUGCAGCGCCCAGCCCUUGCCAGAGCGGGAACCAGAGAGGCAACCAGUUCCUCUUGAGCCUCGGCCUGUCUCACCCUCGGCUUACAUGCUGCGCCUUCCACCACCCGCCGGAGCCUACAUCCAAAAUGAGCACAGCUACCAGGUGGGCAGUGCCCUUCUCUGGAAGCGGCGGGCUGAGGCUGCACUUGACGCCCUGGACAAGGCCCAGCGCCAGCUGCAGGCCUGCAAGCGGCGAGAACAGCGGCUAAGGCUGCGGCUGACCAAGCUCCAGCAGGAGCGGGCUCGGGAGAAGAGGGCACAGGCAGAUGCCCGCCAGACUCUGAAGGAGCAUGUACAGGACUUUGCCAUGCAGCUGAGCAGCAGCAUGACCUAAGUGAGGGGCUGCCUAUCAGAACUCUGGCUUCCUCUACCCUCAGAAUCCAUCUGAAGAGGGACCUGAUCUAAGAUGCAUCCAUCACCAGAUCCACCAGAUGCCAUAAUAAAGUGGAUUCUGCAAGGAGGUCCUGAUAUCUGACUUAGCUGGGGUUUGGGGCCCCUUCCCUGGGUACCAGGCUUAUUCCCUCAGAAAGCUAUAGCCCCUGAGGAAUCAGACCCUGAGUCAUCUUGGCUGUGGAGAGCAGAAGGCCCAGCACUCCCCAUGCACCAAUCAGGCUUAUGAGGAGACAGGAUGGUAUGAGUAGGCACCCUUUUCUUGGCACCUGAAAUAGCCCUGACUUCAACAUAUUGGUUCCUUUGAGAAAACUCAUGAAACCUGAGCCAGACUCUCUUUUUCAGUGACCAACAGGCUUCCAUCCACAGGCCCAACAAAUGACAUUUCUAGUUCACAGAGGUCUGGGAAUAUUGCGGGGGAGGUAGGUAAUGGGGCAAUCAAAGCCUCACUUCAAUCUGUCAUUUUCCUUCAACUCCACUGGAAUCUGGAAGGCCUCACUGCAUCUGCCACAUGCGGCAAACUCAUUGUGAGGGUUUUAACUAUAUAGGUGACCUCUCUGCUGGACUUGUUCACAACAGCCCCAAGAGCACAAAUUCCUGUCAGUCAUGGAAACUGCCACACAUCUUGAUGUUUGUUUUGGGGGCCUGUGUAUGUAACUUUAUUUAUGUCACAUCUGAAAGAUCUAAGUUGCAAGGGUCAGCUAUGAGACAGGACUUGUAGAUGUCUGACCUUGCACCGGGCCAUUUCCUAGCUUUCUGGUAGCCUCAUGACAGCCACAUUGGAGUGGGCUCACUGUGCCCAUGCAACUGCACCUGCCAUUUCAUGCCCUUGUUCAAGAACCCUGGGUGCUGUGUGCCAAGUAAACCAGGUAUCCUGGGGGCAGGUGGGCACUCUUAGACAAAGGGGAGCUGUCAUGAGGCUACCAGAAAGCUAGGAAAUGGCCCGGUGCAAGGUCAGACAUCUACAAGUCCUGUCUCAUAGCUGACGGUGUACAGUGACAAACUAUGGAUCUUUGCUGGCUAUGAUGGCAAUGCCAGGUAGGUGGUGGCCUGGCCCAUGUACCCAGCCUCUGAGCAGGCCUUCCUGGCCUGCUGGGAGGGUUCAGGUGGGGAGGGCUCAGAUGGGGGUUUCUAAGGAGGUGGGUAUAUAGACAAGGAGUGGGGGGAAGAGGAAGAUGUACAGGAUGGGGGUGAAUAGAGUUACCACUUGCCUCCCACAGUGGGAGUCUGAAUGAGUGGCAAGUGUGGUCCAUGUCACUCAGCUGUCUGAGUGUACAGGUCUCCGGGGCAUAGGGGCCAUAGCCGAGUGUCAUUAGAGUGGAGGGAGAGUGGACGUAGCCUCUGGAAUUGCUUGGGUAAAAAGAUUCAGGCCCAUAGUAAGGAGUGACUCUGAGGGUCAAGUGGGCAAGUGGGUAGCAGCAGCAGGGCUCCCCUUUGUCUGAGUGCCCACCUGCCCCCAGGAUACCUGGUUU